AGUACGUCCCCAACCAGUUCGUCUAUAUACCACGGUCGCUCGUCCAUUGUGUUUUCUCGUCGGUGCAGAAGCGUGCAGCUGGGGAAGUGCAGGGAGAGGGACCAAACGAGUCUAGGGUGUAUUUUUUUUUAUAUUUCUUUGACAGUUUAGCAUUACUGGGGCAGCAUAAUGACAGAUAAAAUGGAUAUGUCUCUAGACGACAUUAUCAAACAGAACAGGCAGCAGAGAGGUGGAGGCCGCGGUGGAAGAGGUCGAGGCCGCGGAGGCUCAGGCGGCGGCCGCGGAGGAGGCGCGGGGCGUCUUGGAGUCAGCGGCGGAGGAUUUGGAGGCCGAGGCGGCGGAUCCGGUCCCAUGAGGAACCGACAGAACCUGAGCCGCGCUAGAGGCAGACCAACGCCUUACAGCAGGCCUAAACAGCUUCCAGAUAAGUGGCAGCAUGACAUGUUCGACAACGGCUUCAGCGGCUUCAAUGGAGCUGCUGGGGGUGGCGGAGGAGCUGGUGUGGAAACUGGAGGGAAGCUCCUUGUCUCCAAUCUCGACUUUGGGGUCUCAGAUGCAGACAUUCAGGAACUUUUUGCUGAAUUUGGGACUCUAAAAAAGGCUGCAGUUCAUUAUGACCGAUCAGGAAGAAGCCUGGGAACCGCAGAUGUUCACUUUGAAAGGAGGGCAGAUGCCCUCAAGGCCAUGAAACAGUACAAUGGCAUCCCACUUGAUGGGCGGCCCAUGAACAUACAGCUCGUCACAUCACAGAUUGACACACAGAGGCGACCCAUGCAGGGUCUGAACAGAGGGGGUGGAGGCAUGAACAGAAGUCGUGGGGGUGGUUUUGGAGGCAUGCAAAGAGGCCGCGGAGGACGUGGUGCAGGCGGAGCCAGAGGAAAGGGUCGAGGUGGUCGCGGCGGUAGCAGCAAGCAGCAGUUGUCAGCAGAGGAACUUGACGCCCAGUUAGACGCCUACAAUGCCAGGAUGGACACCAGCUAAGACAUGAAGCUCCUCCGGGUUGUCACCCCUUCCUGUCUGCACAGAAGGGUGGUUGUUAUAAAUGUGCAGAAUAUUUUACACUUGGUUGUCUUCUGAUGUGAUUGAAAUUAUUGUUCCAGCUUCUUCUUUUAAAUGCUCCAAAGUGUUUUUUACCAGUGUCCCCCCCUCCCUUUUUUCUGAUGAAAAUGGUUUUGGCUGUAGGUUAAUGUGAAUUGGAGUCUCCAAGGUCUUUCCUCUACCCUGUAGUUACUGAGACUUGUAAUAAAACCUGCAGUGCAUAUUAA